UUAUCCAAAGUAAUUAUUGUGAUAAAAUAAAAAAUGAAGCAUGGACCCACAAAUGAUACAUAAUCUAACACUAGUAUUCAUUCAUUCGCGUGAGAAAAAAAGGAACAACGAAAGAAAACAGAGAAGAUAUAGUACUAGUUUUUAGUUUACCCUUUUUCACUUGCACUGUGUUGUUGUGUGUCAAAGUUGUUGAAGACUUCUAGUACCAACCAAAUCACAAAAAAAAAAAAAAUGGCGUCUAGUGUUCAAGCGCAACUCCUUCAGACAAGACCCUUUCAGUUCCGCUCAUCAUCAUCGGCGAGACCAACUUCCCUAAGGUGCAUUUGUUCCGCCGCCGCCCCUUCUACCAAACGCUCCUACUCCAUCACUCUCCUUCCCGGCGACGGCAUAGGUCCCGAAGUCGUUUCCGUCGCUAAAGACGUUCUUCUCCUCGCCGGAUCCCUCCACGGGAUUAAACUUGAUUUCCAAGAGAAGCUUUUGGGUGGAGCUGCACUUGAUGCAACUGGAGUUCCUUUACCCGAUGAUACCCUUUCUGUUGCUAAACAAUCUGAUGCUGUUCUUCUUGGUGCUAUUGGAGGGUAUAAAUGGGAUAAAAACGAGAAGCAUUUGAAGCCAGAGACAGGAUUGCUUCAGCUACGUGAAGGGCUUCAAGUAUUUGCAAAUCUUAGACCGGCAAAGGUGUUCCCACAGCUAGUGGACGCUUCAACUUUGAAGAGAGAGGUUGCCGAGGGGGUUGAUCUCAUGGUUGUAAGGGAACUAACUGGAGGUAUCUAUUUUGGAAAACCUAGAGGCUUUGGUACUAAUGAACACGGCGACGAGAUUGGUUUUAACACUGAGAUUUACGCUGCACACGAGGUUGAUCGCAUUGCUCGUGUUGCUUUUAAUAUAGCUCGGAAGCGUGGUGGGAAACUUUGCUCUGUUGACAAAGCCAAUGUACUAGAGGCAUCCAUGUUCUGGAGGAAAAGAGUUUUGGCAUUAGCAGAAGAAUACUCUGAUGUUGAACUCUCACACAUGUAUGUUGAUAAUGCAUCGAUGCAACUAAUUCGCUAUCCUAAACAGUUUGACACUAUCGUAACAAACAACAUUUUUGGCGAUAUAUUAUCUGACGAGGCUUCAAUGAUCACCGGAAGUAUCGGGAUGCUUCCUUCUGCCAGCCUUGGGGAUUCGGGACCAGGACUUUUCGAACCUAUACAUGGUUCUGCACCUGAUAUUGCCGGACAGGACAAGGCAAACCCAUUUGCCACUGUUCUUAGUGCUGCCAUGCUUUUGAGAUAUGGCCUUGGAGAAGAAAAGGUCGCUGACAGAAUAGAGAGUGCAGUUCUGGAGACACUGAACAAGGGAUUUCGAACUGCUGACAUAUAUUCUGCUGGAACUAAGCUGGUAGGGUGUAAACAAUUAGGCGAAGAGAUACUGAAGUCGGUCGAAUCUCACGUUCCAGCUGCUGCAGCAGUGUGAUAUUUUAAGACCAAUUCAGCAUUGAAGUCUGGCUGAACUAUCCACACUCUUUGUCUUGGAGAUCAACAUGAGAGUCAAAGCUGAAAAAAACAUCCUUAGUCUUUGAGAAAUCUGGCUUUCAUCUGCAGGAUUAUUACUAGUUAGUUAGUUCUCCUCAUACCGCAUGCAAUAAUAAAUUAAUAAUGUAACAAUGAAAGAUGGAGGUCGAAAUUUUAAUGGCAAUUCUGAAAAACUGAGCAACAAUUAUGAGGCUAUGACAAAUCCAUGGGGAAUGCAAACAAUAUGCCAAAAUGGAUAUUCCAAAUUUUAUUUCAAAUGUUUGUAUGAUUUGAAGUUGUCUUGCACAAGUAUCUUCUCUAGUAAAAGAGUGUGCAUAUAUGAAUGCAA